UAGUAAUUAAUUAAUACUAAAUAUAACUAAAAUGACAACAGUGGAUGGAUAUAAGCUUUACAACACUCUUGGACAAGGAGCCUUUUCAAAAGUUAAACUUGUCAAGAAUGAUAAAGGCAAAUUUGCCAUGAAGAUCAUGAAAAAUGAGUCAAAAGAUAAGAAGAAGGAGGCCAAAUUGGCUUUCUUGAACGAAGUGAAUGUUAUGAAGGAUUUAGACCACCCAAAUAUCCUUAAGCUUAUUGACUAUAAGACUGAAGCUAAAGCUGUAAGAACUGAUGGAUCUAAGCUCAAGCUGAAAUAUAUGGUGAUCGAAUAUGCAGAAGGUGGUGAACUGUUCGAUUACAUUGCCGAAACUGGAAGAUUUUCUGAGAAAAACGCAAGAUACUUUUUCCAUCAACUCAUUGAUGCUAUUGAAUACAUGCAUGAGAAAGGAUAUAAGCACAGAGACAUUAAGCCAGAAAAUGUACUUUUAGACAAGCAUUUCCAGCUUAAGCUUGGUGACUUCGGCUUCGUAACUAAAGAUGAUAUAAGUUAUACCAGAAAAGGUACUUAUGGGUACAUGGCUCCUGAAGUUUUAGCUGGUGAACCCUACAGAGGAGAAGAAGCUGACCUCUUUGCAGCUGCUGUGAUCCUCUUUAUCCUUGUUACCCAGCAUCCUCCCUUCAUCAGAGCUGAGGAGGUUGAUAGGUAUUAUAAAUCAAUUGCCACUAAUGACUGGGAGAGCUUCUGGGAGGUCCAUUCCGACCUACCACUUUCAAAAAAUUUCAUUGAUUUCUUUUCCAGAAUGGUGAACAUCGAUCCUGUUGAGAGGAUGAACCUCGCUGAGAUCAAGGCUCAUGAGUGGUAUAAUGGCCCAGUACCUACUGCUGAGGAGAUUCAGGAUGAAUUCAAAAUGAGAAGGAAGGUCCUGAAGAAAAAGCAAAAGAAGGAUUCAGGUGAAAAGAAUAAAGAAAAUGCUGAAAAUAAUAAGGCUCACCAAGAAACUAAAUAUACUAAGUUCUACAAAGUUGACGAUGCUGAAUUGCUCAUUGACCAACUUAUUAUCUGCGCUGAGGAAAAUAAGGUCGAUUAUGAGAAAUCGAAGGAGUUCUUCAGAGUCGAACUAAAAUCCGAAGCUGAGGGCAAACAAACACACAUCAUGGUCAAUGUGCUUAAAAAGCCUGAAAACACUAAUAGGUGUUUAGAGUUUAUCAAACUCUCCGGAGACAAGUUGAGUUUCGAAUCUUUGUUCGCGAAAUUUACCAAGUUUUGCGAGAAGAAUAUCGAUUAAUUCUGUAAGGAUUUAUCUCCUUACUAAUCCUCUAGGCGAGCUAGUUCGCCUUUUAUAACAUAUUAAUUUAUCUUAACCUAUCACAAAUAUUCGAUUUUCGUGUUCGCUUC